UGUUAGUACGUCUGAGCCAGCGAUUCAGCGGUCGUUACACGGGAACGAGGCUAUUGGGUCAAGACCUUAGAUUUUCUAGAGUUUCUUUGUGUCAUCAUUUAUAUUUCACAAAAACAGUGCUGAGUUCUCCGAAUCUUUUGAAGAAAGGAGAUGGUAAGGCAUUGUAUAGCAGUUGGCUGUGUGAACAGGAGUAACAAGGUUGAAUGUAAAGGCCUUUCUUGGCAUUCGCUGCCCCUAAAUGACUCGAAAAGACUAAAAAAAUGGCUGAUCAACAUACGAAGAACCAACACUCCAAAAACGAAAAGUUCAUUUUUGUGUAGCGAUCAUUUUGCCCCAGAAUGUUUUCAAAAGUCUCCUGGAGGCGUAAGGGGAAGGCUGAAGGUAGAUGCUGUGCCUACUCUUUUCAGCUUUACAAAAGUUCAGACACAAAGAAAAGCCCCACAACACCGUUCGAAUAUGGCCACUCAACGUCAAGAAACUGCAGGCUUAAAUAGUGACGAAAGUAUUGCUAACGCCGUUCCAUUAACAGAAUCAAAUGAAGUGGGACAGUCCAUAAAAGAAGCAGACAAUAGUCAGGAUCAGUCUCUACAAUUAAUUAUCAACGAAUUGGAAGGGAAAGUAAAACAAUUGGAACACGAACUUAAACAGGAGAGAGAGACAAGAAAGACACUAGAAGAGAAGCUUAAUCGAAGUUUGUUUAAUAUCGACAACAUCAAAGAAAACGAUAAUUUAAUGAGAUUCUACACUGGCUUCAACAGUUAUGCUGUUUUUACUACAGUUCUUAAUUUCCUUGGAAGAGAAGCAGCAAAACAGUUAAAUUACACUAACACUGAACUAGUGCAGAAUCCACCCAAGAGAGAGAAGCAAGGUCCAAGAAGAGCUCUCUCUGUGGAAAAUGAAUUAUUUCUCUUGCUGUGUCGUUACAAAGUUGGUCUUUUAGAGGAGGAUGUAGCAGUCAGAUUUGGUAUUUGCCAAAGUCUUGUGAGCCGAAUCAUCAUUACAUGGACAAAGUUCAUAUAUUUUAGAUUCUCAGAGCUAGACAUUUUCCCAACAAGGGAGGUAAUUGAAGCACAUAAACCUGAAUGCUUCAGGAAUAAAUACAAUGGUACAACAGUGAUAAUUGAUGCAACUGAAUUGUACAUUGAAACACCAACUAAUCCUGAAGCACAGCAGCUCACUUUCUCUACCUAUAAAAACGGCAAUACUCUGAAGGCCCUAGUUGGAAUUACACCAAGUGGUAGUGUUUGUUUUGUGUCUAAUCUUUAUGGUGGGUCUAUCUCUGACAAAGAGAUAACUGUGAAAUCUAAACUCAUGGAUAAACUUCAAUAUGGAGAUGAAGUGAUGGCUGACAGAGGAUUCAAUAUCCAAGAAUUACUAGCAAGUAAAGGGGUUAAAGUAAAUGUUCCACCUUAUAUGAAUGAGGCAGGACAAUUUACUGAACAAGAAAUGCUCAACACAAGAAGAAUUGCAUCAUUGCGAAUCCAUGUAGAGAGAGCUAUCGAGCGCAUCAAAAACUAUCACAUUUUAGAUUUUAUUCCCAUUACUGUCUGCAAGAAUGGGCUGGUUGACAUGAUUUUCUUUAAUUGUGCUAUGUUCACAAACUUUUUGCCACCUCUGGUGAAAUGAAUUUUUUUCAGAAUCUUUCUUGAGCCAUUCAUACAUGUUAGUAUUGAAAAUCAGUUAAUGUCAUGCAAAAUUAAAGUUGCAAGUUUUGCUGGUUCAAAGAGUAUAGUGGAGUCAGUUUCCAACCAGUAAAAGUAAUUAUUACAAUAGAAAUUCACUUCUCUGUCAAUGAGACAAUAAUAUCCAUAUUUAAAACGAUAUAUUUCAAAAAACACAACAUCAGUAAUCAUAAUUUUGAGAUCAUGCAAAAGUUAAAUAAUUUAUAGAUAGUGAUUCCACUG